AUGUCUACGGCCCUAGAGGGCGGUGGGAGCGCUAGGCCAGAACAGGCAGCACGCGGCGUUUCAUCCUCUGGUCCCAAGGCCAGCGCCGACGCGCGUCACCAUCUGCCAUGGCCCGCCGCCCCCAGCGUCGCCCUCAGCAUUGCCAUGAUUGUCAUGGCCGCGCUCCGGCCGGCCCCUAGUCGUCAUCGCCCGUCGCCGUCGCCGUCGCCGCCAUGCUUUUUACCUGUUGCCACUAAUACCCAUCUAGCACACGCCUGCACACCACCCACCUCUCGUCAGCACCUCGUGUCCACAGGCACUGAUAAGCUCCAGCUGAAGUGGAAGCGUCUGAUAGUAGACCUGUCAUGCCAUGGCCUGGACUCGCCCGCCCAACAGCCCCCACCCGCCGCCUUUGCGCUCUCUCUCUCUCUCUCUCUCCAUGCAUCAUUCCAUACGCCGACGUCCAUGUGUAUACUUAGUAGUAGUGGUAGCAGUAGUAAAGUAGAGACAGGGGGCGUCGGCGUGCGCGAACGGCUUUGGCACAAGCUUUGCCGCGAAAAGGCACAAGACGCCGGGUGGGGGCUUCUUGGCCCAGGGCAGGCGGUCCUGCAGGCCCGAGCGCGGCAUGCUUUCCUCUGA